AAAAAGAAGAAGACAAAGGAACACUGGUGUUGAGGCUUUUCCAGUCUGUUUCUGGCAGUUGGUCCUGAAAGAUGCCUCAGUUCCCGCUUCUCUGCCUCUCCAUCAUGGUCACCUCAGUGUCAUCAACAGCCCUAGAUCCUUGUUCUGCUUACAUCAGUCUGAACGAGCCCUGGAGGAACACUGACCACCAGUUUGAUGAGUCCCAAGGUUCUCCUCUAUGUGACAAUCACGUGGAUGGAGAGUGGUACCGCUUCACAGGCAUGGCAGGAGAUGCCAUGCCCACCUUCUGCAUACCAGAAAACCACUGUGGGACCCAUGCACCUGUCUGGCUCAAUGGCAGCCACCCCCUAGAAGGUGAUGGCAUUGUGCAACGCCAGGCCUGUGCUAGCUUCAAUGGGAACUGCUGCCUCUGGAACACCACGGUAGAGGUCAAGGCUUGCCCUGGAGGCUACUAUGUGUAUCGUCUGAGCAAGCCAAGUGUCUGCUUCCACGUCUACUGUGGCCAUUUUUAUGACAUCUGUGAUGAGGACUGUCACGGCAGCUGCUUGGAAACCAGCGAGUGCAAAUGCUCUCCGGGAACUGUGCUGGGCCCCGACAGGCAGACGUGCCUCGAUGAAAAUGAAUGUGAUCGAAACAAUGGUGGCUGCAGUGAGAUCUGCGUGAACCUGAAAAACUCCUACCGCUGUGAGUGUGGGGUUGGCCGUGUACUCAGAAGUGACGGCAAGACUUGUGAAGACAUCGAAGGAUGCCACAAUAACAAUGGCGGCUGCAGCCAUUCGUGCCUUGGGUCUGAGAAAGGCUACCAGUGCGAAUGUCCCCGGGGCUUGGUGCUGUCUGAAGACAACCACACUUGCCAAGUCCCUGUGUUGUGCAAGUCGAACACCAUUGAAGUGAGCGUCCCCAGGGAGCUGGUUGGCGGCCUGGAGCUCUUCCUGACCAACACGUCCUGCCGAGGAGUCUCCAAUGGCACCCAUGUCAACAUCCUCUUCUCCCUCAAGACGUGUGGUACAGUGGUGGAUGUGGUAAAUGACAAGAUCAUUGCCAGCAACCUCGUCACCGGCCUACCCAGGCAGACCCCGGGGAGCAGCGGGGACGUCAUCAUCCGAACCAGCAAACUGCUGAUCCCGGUGACCUGCGAGUUCCCACGCCUGUACACCAUUUCCGAAGGCUACGUGCCCAACCUUCGCAACUCGCCGCUGGAAAUCAGGGGCCGCAAUCGCGGGGUCUUCCCAUUCACGCUGGAGAUCUUUAAGGACCGCGAGUUUGAGGAGCCUUACCGAGAAGCUCUGCCCACCCUCAAGCUGCGCGACUCCCUCUACUUCGGCAUCGAGCCUCUGGUGCACGUGAGCGGCCUGGAGAGCUUGGUGGAGAGCUGCUUCGCCACCCCCACGGCCAAGAUCGACGAGAUCCUGAAGUACUACCUCAUCCGAGACGGCUGUGUUUCAGAUGACUCGGUAAAGCAGUACACAUCCCGGGAUCACCUCGCAAAGCAUUUCCAGGUCCCUGUCUUCAAGUUUGUGGGCAAAGAUCUCCAGGAAGUGUUUCUGCACUGCCGGGUUCUGGUCUGUGGGAUGCUGGACGAGCACUCCCGCUGUGCCCAGGGUUGCCACCGGCGGAUGCGUCGUGAGGCAGAAGACGAGGACUCAGCUGGUCUACAGAGCCGGAUGCUGACCGGCGGCCCCAUCAGCAUUGACUGGGAGGACUAGUUCAUUGGCACACCUGGAGUGCCCCGUCUCCCCCACUUUGGGGCUCCUCUCCACAUCCUAAGAACGUCAGCCAGCCUCCUGGAGCGCCUCACCUCUUUAAACUCUCCCAGAACUGACUCACUCUGAUUCCUGUCCACUGGGUCAGCACAGGUCACAACGCUGCUGGACAACGUGGCCUGGGUGGGGUUUCACCCUCCCUAAGUGAAAGCUAAGCUGUUACCCAGCAGGAAGUCUAUCCCAUUUCCCUUAUUUCUUGCCUACAAUUAAAUACCUCGUGUAUGAUGUGUUA